AUGCCUGAAGAGCCGUGGCGGGCGGGUCAUGGCGCGGUCAAGAGCCGAGCCUCAGCCCUAUCGUCCCUGACCUUCUCCUUCAAACAAGACCCGCCUCCUCCGCUCUCCCGCCUUCAGCCCGCCGGCGAUAUCAGCUCGAUCGAGUCGCCUAAAGCGCCUCUCGUAAACACCGCUUGUUGUUUGGUAAUUCUCUUAUCUGCGCGCGGGGCCCUCGGAGAACCGGGCCCCUUCGUACGGCGAGCAAGGGGCCCCGCAUCUCGGGUCCGGACCGGAUAA